GUUUAUUUUAUUAAGGAAGUAUUCUUUUGAAAGUGAGAAAAAGGCAAAAAAAAAGACGAAGAGAGCUGAAUUUCCCACAUACUUUCCAGACUCCAUGUUGGUAACUUCACCAGACUACAGUUGAACUUGCCUUUGCUUGAAAAUUAUCAUAUCCCAUUUUUUGAUCAGGCAAAUUUCUCAGUUAAUUGGUUUAAUUUCCCAGAACAUUUGUGAUCUGAAAUAAAGAAGUAGUAACAGUACAGUUGAACUUGAAAUUAGUUGCAAUCUCUUCAAAACUAUGAAAGACGCCGAUAUUGUCAGUUGCGGAAGUAACUGUCCAGUUGAACGCCUCAAACGCUGGAGGCAAGCAGCACUUGUUCUAAAUGCUUGUCGGAGAUUCCGUAAUUGCUUGGACUUAAAGAAGGAAAAGGAGAAAAAAGAAAUUGCAAGGAAGAUCAGAAAGCAUGUACAUGUUAUACAAGCUGACAAUCUUUUCAAGCAAGCUAAAGAGACAGCAAAGGUAGCCCAAGAGUAUCCUGAUGUUCCACGUGGUGACUACGGAAUUAAGCCAGAGGAACUUUCUGCUAUGUCAAGAGAACACGAUUCAUUGGCUCUACAGAAAUUUGGCGGAGUAAGUCAGUUAGCAAAAAAGCUUAAAUCAAAUUUGGAGAAGGGGAUCCCAGGGAAUGAUGAAGAUAUUGUGCAAAGGAAAAAUGUAUUUGGAUCUAACACUUAUCCUCGAAAGAAGGGGCGAAGUUUUUGGCGGUUCCUUGGGGAGGCUUUUCAAGAUCUGACUUUAUUAAUAUUGAUGGUAGCUGCUUUGGCUUCUCUUGCUCUUGGUAUUACAUCAGAGGGAAUUAAACAAGGAUGGCAUGACGGUGGAAGCGUUCUCUUUGCUGUUUUCCUUGUUGUUGUUGUUACAGCCAUCGGUGAUUACAGACAAUCUCUCCAGUUCCAGAAUCUGGAUGAUCAGAAAAGAAAUAUACAUCUUGAGGUUAUCAGAGGGGGUAGAAGGGUGGAGUCUUCAAUCUUUGACAUUGUUGUUGGAGAUGUUAUACCGCUUAAAAUUGGUGAUCAGGUGGCUGCUGAUGGAGUGCUAAUUUCUGGUCAAUCUCUUGCAAUUGACGAGUCAAGUAUGACUGGAGAGAGCAAAAUCAUUACCAAGGAUUCAAAGUCACCCUUCUUAAUGUCUGGCUGCAAAGUAGCUGAUGGCUACGGUACUAUGCUGGUCACAAGUGUGGGUAUGAACACGGAAUGGGGUAUGCUUAUGGCCAGCAUCUCAGAGGACACCGGUGAAGAAACACCGUUGCAGGUGCGCCUGAAUGGCUUUGCGACUUUUAUUGGUGUAGCUGGUUUAACAGUGGCCUUGGUUGUUUUAGUUGUCCUCCUUGCAAGGUACUUUACUGGUCAUACAACAGAUGCCAAAGGAAUGCCAGAGUUCCAGAAAGGAAAGACAAGGGCAAAACAUGCGAUAGGAGGAGUCGUCAGGAUUGUCACUGUUGCUGUGACUAUUGUGGUUGUUGCGGUGCCCGAAGGUCUUCCCUUGGCUGUAACCUUAAUGCUUGCUUACUCAAUGAGAAAAAUGAUGACGGACAAGGCUUUGGUUCGCAGGCUUUCAGCUUGUGAAACCAUGGGUUCUGCCACUACAAUAUGCAGUGACAAAACUGGAACGUUGACCCUGAAUCUGAUGACUGUCGUCGAAGCUCAUGCCAAUGGGAAGAAAUUUGAUCCACCAAAUGAUGUUUCGUUGUUUUCUCCCAUGUUAUCCUCUGUUCUCGUCGAGGGCGUUGCGCAGAAUACAACUGGCAAUGUGUUUCUUCCCGAGGGUGGUGGUGAUAUCGAAAUUUCUGGGUCACCAACAGAAAAAGCCAUCCUUUCUUGGGGAGUUAAGCUUGGAAUGAACUUUGAUGCUAAAAGAGCGGAGUCUAAGAUCAUCCAUGCAUUCCCGUUCAAUUCAGAGAAAAAAAAGGGAGGCGUUGCAGUUAAAACAACUGGUUAUGAAGUUCAUGUACACUGGAAGGGAGCUGCUGAAAUUGUCUUGGCCUCGUGCACUAGUUUUUUGGAUGCAAAUGACACUUUGGCUCCACUGGACGAACAGAAGGUGGCAUAUUUUAAAAAGGCUAUUAACCAGAUGGCAGAGCAAAGUCUCCGUUGCGUUGCCAUUGCAUAUAGAUCACUCGAGCUGGAUAAAGUGCCGUUUGAUGAAGAUAAACUAUCUCAGUGGGUGAUUCCAGACGAUGAGUUGGUUUUGCUGGCAAUUGUUGGUAUAAAGGAUCCUUGUCGCCCUGGAGUCAGAGAUUCAGUUGAGUUAUGCACGGCUGCUGGUGUGAAGGUGCGCAUGGUCACCGGUGACAACCUUCAGACUGCUAAAGCGAUAGCUCUGGAGUGUGGUAUCCUAGCUUCAGAUGCAGAUUGUAAUGAACCAAACUUGAUUGAGGGAAAGUCAUUUCGUAGCAAAUCAGAAGCUGAGAGAGAAGAGAUUGCAGACAAGAUAUCAGUGAUGGGAAGGUCUUCACCAAAUGACAAGCUUUUGCUUGUUCAAGCUUUAAGGAGAAAGGGUCAUGUUGUAGCUGUUACUGGUGAUGGAACUAAUGAUGCUCCAGCAUUACAUGAGGCAGACAUUGGUCUUGCAAUGGGUAUUGCUGGUACAGAAGUGGCAAAAGAAAGCUCAGAUAUCAUCAUCUUGGAUGAUAAUUUUGCUUCAGUUGUUAAGGUUGUUAGAUGGGGUAGAUCUGUAUAUGCAAACAUUCAGAAAUUCAUUCAAUUCCAACUUACAGUUAAUGUGGCUGCCCUCAUAAUCAAUGUUGUUGCUGCAUUUUCCACUGGUGAUGUCCCCUUAAAUGCUGUACAGCUUCUCUGGGUCAAUAUGAUAAUGGAUACUCUAGGAGCGCUCGCAUUGGCUACAGAACCACCUACAGAUCACCUUAUGCACAGACCUCCAGUUGGUCGAAGGGAGCCUCUUAUAACAAAUAUUAUGUGGAGGAAUCUAUUGAUACAGGCUGUGUAUCAAGUGAUUGUUCUGCUUGUACUCAACUUCCGAGGUCAUGAUAUCUUGCGUCUGCAGCAUGAUUCAACUGAACUCGCUAACGAAGUAAACAACACAGUGAUCUUCAAUGCAUUUGUGCUUUGUCAGAUUUUUAAUGAGUUCAAUGCUCGUAAGCCAGAUCGGAUUAAUAUAUUUGAAGGAGUUCUUAGAAACCAAUUGUUUAUGGGAGUAGUAGCAGUAACUAUAAUAGUACAGGUCGUGAUAGUUGAGUUCCUUGGCAAGUUUGCUAAAACUACAAGGCUGAACUGGCGAAUGUGGCUUGUCUGCUUUGUCAUUGGUGUACUCAGUUGGCCUCUUGCUGCCUUGGGGAAGUUUAUUCCAGUACCAAAAACUCCUCUGAGCCGGCUUAUGCAACAGCUUAUGAAACGGCUUAUUCUCUUAACAAAGAGUAAUUGUGGAAUACUUGUGUGCUCUCUCCUGACUACUAGUGUCUCCAUCGGCCUAGGCUACUGGGCCAUGCACUUCUUCAACAACAACAACAACAAGUAAGAUUGGAUAUUCAAACUAUGACUAAUAACAAGAUAAUUAUAACAAGCAGAUUCGUAGCAACUAUGACCCCAAGGGACACACUGCACGACUCUAACCCUUCGGUGUACAACAAAGAAUCAGAUUGAGUGAGCAAUGCCCCAGAACAAUGGUGAAAUUGUGUUUUCAUUUUCGGAGAAGAUAAAGAAAAACGGAAGCAAAAAACGGAAUACAAGCAGUAAAAAGAGCACCACCCGCGAAAGCGCCACACCCCCAAGCCCGACUUGGUGCACAUGUGUUUUACUAGGCCCAUCUUUCAUGUCUUCUAACAAAUAAUUAUAGAGAAGUGGUAUAUAUAAAGAAGGUAGAGAUUGAUUUUUUUUUUUUUUUUAUCAAUGUGGGACAAAAGACAUUUUCUUCUUUUAAAGCAUAAUAUUGGAGUAACAACUCCAACAAUUAAUUGUUCA